CCACACUAUCAACCCAAUCCCCCCUCCAACAGUCCCAUGGUCGCUCAAUGGGAAAGAGCCACGUGCCUCUGCGCCCACCAGCUCAAGAGCAUUUGUUCUCGCUGUUGGUUGCUGUAAAGGAUUUGCCUCCAUAGACAGAAAAGCAGAGCGGAUAACUUUUUGGAAUUCAGCCUAGGGGGUCCUCUUCGACAUUUGCUCACUCCGGGCUUCCACUCUCUCUCUUUCUCGCUCAGUCUUUCCCUGCGGAAAGGUUGACACUUAAGAGGGUUUAUUUAUCCUGAAGAACUCAGUGCGUAGAGCCUCGCCACGGUCGCAGUGUCACUCAGGAUGCACAGCUUUAUGGGAGGGGGCCUGUUCUGCGCCAUAGUGGGGAACAUCCUGCUGGUGGUCUCGACUGCGACAGACUACUGGAUGCAGUAUCGCUUGUCGGGGAGUUUCGCCCACCAGGGCCUGUGGAGGUACUGCAUGUCGGGCAAGUGCUACAUGCAGACGGACAGCAUCGCCUACUGGAAUGCCACCCGUGCCUUCAUGAUCCUGUCGGCCAUGUCGUGCUUCGCGGGCAUAAUCGCAGGCAUUCUCUCCUUUGCCCAUUUCUCCGCCUUCGAGAGGUUCAACCGCUCCUUCGCUGCAGGGAUCAUGUUCUUCGUCUCCACUCUCUUUGUUCUGCUUGCAAUGGCCAUCUACACUGGAGUGACGGUGAACUUCCUGGGGAAGCGCUUCGGAGACUGGCGCUUCUCUUGGUCCUACAUACUGGGCUGGGUGGCACUGCUCAUGACCUUCUUUGCAGGAAUAUUUUACAUGUGUGCCUACAGAAUGCAUGAAUGCAGGAGAGUGGUGAGCCCACGCUAAAAGAGAGAGGAAAGCCUGUGAAAAGAUUGCAAAUCCGGGACAUUUUGGCCCCGCAAUUCCAGCACGAUGAAAGAAUCAAGCUUACACCAAUAGACACAUCACUGAAAUAUAGAAACUGUACUAGGAAAUAUCGAACCAAAGAUUAAUACAAAUGUUUGGUUCUGCCUGAGCAGGUUACGUGUCAUUUUAAUAAAGCUAUAACUCUAACAGUAAAA